CAAUCCAGCGUAGACAGGUGUAGAUGAGCAUGCAUUCCAUUCUCUCUCCAUAUCAAUACGAUAUGCAUGAGUGGUUUAACCUUCUUCUUCUUUGCUUGGUCCUCCAGUUUGGAGAACUGCAGUUGGUGCAGGUGUAGGUAGAACACGUAUAGACCUCUACAAAGAUUUGGAUUAAUUGACACCAAGCUAGCAGACAACUUUCCAAGUCCCAGUCCUCAGCUCAUCAUGGCUCCAAUACACCUUGUUCCAACCUUUGCAUCUCAAACAAUGUUCGGGGAGAUCGAUGCCAAAAAUGUGACCUUCAUCAUUGAUACCUCAGGGAGCAUGUACUCUUACCUUCCUGCCGUCAAAGAUCACCUGAAUGAGGUCCUCUUGGCAAGGGCACAUCGAGAGAAAGACUCCAUGUUCAAUGUGAUCGAGUUUUCAUCGUCGGUCACACCCUGGGCGGAUCGAAUGGUACGCUGCACACCACCAACGGUCAAGGUCGCUAGCGAGUGGGUCAACAAACUCUCCUGCUCGGACGGAACCAACACGCUCGAUGCUCUCACCGUCGCAUUCUCCGACCCCGUCUGCGAGGCGGUCUACCUCGUCUCGGACGGGCUACCCGACCAGCAGCCGACGGAAAUCAGGAAACAAGUCGCACUGGUCAGCGAAGGACGUCCGGUCCACGCCAUCUACCUGACUGGACUCCACACGGAAGUAGCCGCGCAGGAGUUCCUGGAGAGUCUGGCCGCCCAGACCCUUGGUACCUUCCAUGUUAUCAGCAUGACCAUGCAUGGGGUCAUUGAAAGAGUUGAAGCGGUUGUGACGUCGGACCAUAGUCCUCUCAGGAUACAGAAGGCUAUCUACAGGAGGCAGCACGAAGCAGAGAUUCCUUUGACUACUCUUGACAACCCACCCAUUGCAGAAGCAACCACGUAUUCCGUUCAUGGAGGAGUCCCAGCUACUAGCAUCAAAACAACUCUAGAUAAUCCUCCAGAAAGUACCACACUGACAUACAGAACAGAAGAUGAGGAGCGUCCAGUGAAGUACUGUAGUGUAACUACAUCCAUGGACUACAAUCCUGUUCCAGAGACAGUUAUCGUCAGGGAGUCUUUGGCCCCAAGAACUGUUGUCCAGAUACCUGCAGCAACCGCCUGGGAGACUGUGAGAACUGAGCCUGCAUCAAGCCACAUCAUCUCAGUCCCACCCCAGAGUGCCGUUGAACUCUUAGAAGGGAUGAGGGUUUUAGCAAGAAGAGAGAAAGAUGGCUACUACUGUCCAGGUACCAUCAGAGAAAGGCUGUCAGCGAUGCGCUCCUUCCUGGUGUUCUUUGACAAGGAUCCCUCGGGAGGCAAGUGUCAGCGGCUCCUGCAGGAGACCUCCAUCUAUGACAUCAAGGCGCUCAACGACACCAUGCGACAUCCUGUGGUACCUGGAGACAAGGUCCUAGCUCCCUGGGAGAAGGCUGGAUACCGCUGUGCUCCUGGUAUCGUCCUGGACGGCAUCGAGGGACGAUCGACUGGCUGUGCUGCUGAUUCUGGGCAUCUUAUUGUAAAUUUCUUCAACGGCAAAACGGUCAAGGUACCCAAGCAAACGGCAGUCUGGAUUCCCCACACCGAAUACGAGCGACACCGAAUCGAAAUCCAGAUGCCGCUAACGGCCCGGCACUAUGUCGUCAACGACCCAAGCUAUCAACGCUCCAUCAGCGGUUACACCGUACCCAGCACGCAUCAGGAGGGCGGGGCUAUGGCUGGGUUGCCAGUCCUGCAGCAGGGGCGUGUCUAUGUCCCCAUGAUGAUGGCUGGGGCGGAGACGAGGGACUACGGCGGGAGGAGCGGUGGUGGUGUCGUCCGGGAGAGCGCAGUUAAAAGCGAGGACAUGCAUUCGCUGAUCCCCGGCACGGGUAUGACCCGCCAGGAGCUCAAUGUGAAAGUCAUGAAACAGCUCAUGGAUAAUAAGAUGAUGGGGAGCAGCAUACUGAGGGAGGGAGGCGAAGCCAACAUCCUAGCCAAGACCCCAAAAACGUCAACCCUGCAGAAAAGUGUUUCUUUCAACGAAGACAGCUUUGGAGUGGACAGCGGGAUCAGCUCGAUCAGGACGGAGCAGGACUCGGAAGGGUAUGCAACAGAAGAGGAGAAACUAGAGAAGGAAGUGGAGGAAAUGAAGCAGAAAAUUGCAAAAUCAGAACGAGAGAUAUCGUCAUUGAUAGAUGCAGGUAUCCAGACCAUGUCACUCAGAGACACGGCUGUGGGAACAGACUCCUCCCUGCUCUACCGGAACGGCCCGCGGCGACCAAAAUCCGCCAAGGCCGAAGUUGGCUCCCAACCGCAUUGGAAAUACUGGCGGAGAAUGCAGCGCCCUCGCAGCACGCAUCAGGGGUUGGUCGGUCCGUUCCGAGACACGAUGACGGACACCUCCAAGGACGCCAAACUCCACUCCUCACCGGCUCAGUCAUCCUAUGUCUUUGAAGAUAAGCAUGUCUACGCACCUGUCAACAAAUCAUCUAUGUUUACUCCGGUUGAUGAUGACCACUCCCCGGUCAGGAGUGACCGCGCCCAGGUGGAGUGGGAGAUGCGGAGGCCACGCCCUCGUACAGCUCAUGUCGGCGCCUUCCGUGAUACUGCCCUCGAGGCUCCGAUAGAGGCCAAGAUGCAGCCGGCUUACCGAGAGGAUCAAGGCUACUUGAACAGAUCGGCAGUGUUUACACCGGUGAACCACUCCCAGGUUCGUAGCGACCGGGCCAUGAUUGAAUGGGAGAACAAACAGCCUCGCCCUCCUCCGCCCCAAGCUCAACGACAAAAACCUGGAAAACCUGUCGCUCAAGCUGUUGUAUCAGGAACAAGAGACCAGAUCAGAGAAGCGAAAGAGAACAGCUACAUCGAGUUCCGCCGGAUGCAGACCGUGAAGAGAGAGUACACCUGGUACAUGAAGGGACAGCAAGAAGAGAAGAUGAGAGACGCUAGGGACGAAAGAUGCAGACAGUACACGGCCGAUGUGACCCGGCGUGAUGUUCAGCGCCAAAAGGACAGUGAAGCCAAGAUGGAGCAAGUCCAAGCCGCAAAGAGCGCGGUCAGUGGGACCAUCUCUAAGCGCCAGAAGGAGGUUGCGGUACAGAGCGACUCGCGAGAGCAGCGGAGGAUCGAUGCGCUGAAGGCUCGUAAUGACCAGAGGAUGGAAGUGCAGAGGCAGAAGGCCCAAGAUUUACACGAGACUGUGAGACAGAAAGAGGAGGUCAAGCUGCAGCGGCAGAAUGAGCGCUCUCAGCAGCACGUUGAACGUCUCUGCGAACGGCGCGAGCAGGAAGCUGCACGGGACCUGCAAAUGCGUAACAAAGAGCUGAGCAGGAGAUCGCACUUCCGUAACAACGAGCGACAGAACCAGGAGCGUAAGGACAUCAGGAUCGCGGUGAAGCAGCAACGAAAUGAGGAGUACCGCUCACAAGUUCUACCGUAGUUAUACUGCUUCCAAAAUCUGGAACAGUCUCCUCUUUUCAUCUGAAAUAAUCACCAACAGUUGGGACAAUCCAAACAUAGUUUGGCUACGUUUUUGUAUACAUUGAACUCACACUGUCACUGCUUGGUACACGUAACUUUUAAUUAUUUGAACUCGAAUGACUACUGAACCAGAGAUGGGCACCUCAAAACGCUUUGUAUCCAACGAAAAAGGCGCUAAAUAAAUUGCAAACUAUUAUUAUUAUUAUUAAGAAUUUUUAAUGAUGAUGAGGACAGUCUGACCUGGCUGCUAAUAGAGAAAGCAUGUAUAUACUUGUAUAUAAACACCUUGGGGACUGACGGCUCUAAGUCCUCUCCAAGGGACUUGGUAAUGCGGAUUAAUGCCUUACCAAAGGGCCCAAGCGUGUUGGCUUGCUUUCAAACCUGGAACCUCCAUGUUACAAGACCACUGCUCUACCACUGAGCAAGCCUUCUUUUGUGGAUCAAAGCUUUAGGAUAGCCUUUCCUAAUACAGUUAAACCUGUCUAUAGCCACCGCCCAAGGAGAUCACAAAAAGUUGUCUUUUUAGACAGGUGGUCUUUAAAGACAGGUGGUCACUAAAGCAGGUUUGAUUGUAUAUGUACAGUUGUACAUUUAUUAGGGGAAGGACGAAGCUAAUAAAGUUUGAAUUUGGACAGUGACCAAAUAUUCUUUCAAGAUUGAUCUUUAGGUGACGAUUUAAAUUUUGUAAAUAAGAUAGACUAUACAUUUUAGUUUGUUGACACCAGCAACUCUCUUUGAUAAAUCAGUUGAACAUCAUUGCAGCUUUUUGAGUAAUCUACCUUGUGUAUCAUGUUUUAUAUUCAAGAAUAUAUAAUGAUUGUGCCAAGAAAAAAGUGUUUUAUCAUCAUAUUUGCAUUUGGUUCGUAAUGCAGUUCGCUUUUCAUCCCUAGUUUGAAGUAUUAAUGGAUAACUGUACAAAGAAUAGUCCCUCUACUUUCAACUCUUUUGUCCACAAGUGCAGAAAAGUCUGCAUACUUUUGUGAGAAUAUUGUUUAAAGGAGAAAGUGGUCUCUUGUCCUUUCAUUUUGAAAGCCUUUUUUGUAAAUGUUGUUGGUUUAAUGUUCGCCAUGGAAAAGAAUGAUUUGUGUGGACUGUAUAUCUGCAUUCUUUUUCACAGGUGAUAAAAGAGAAUUAUAAAUACGCUGAUAAUUUCAAACAACUCAGGAGACUUGUAUAUUCAUAUUCAGGUUAAAUUGAUCACCUUGCUUUAAUAUAUUUUCUUUUAAUUGUCAUCUUUUGUAAAAGUUUUAAAUGUUAAAUAUACAUGUAACGGUAGGUGUUUAUCUAGUAUAUUUGAUAUUGUAUCAUGUACAUGUACAUGUCAUGUAUAUGUAUGUAAUGCUGAAAUUAAAAGAUUAUACAUCUAGCCCAUAGUGAAAAAUAAGCAUUUUAAAGACAUUAAUAGCCAUUGCAAGUGUCUUUCUAAGUGUACUUGAAUUUCUAAUUGAUUUCCAACAUUUGAUUAGAGGAUGUUUCUUUCAUUUUGUUUUGUUUUAUUUAAAUAAAUGAUUGUUGAAGAUUUUGAAAUUAUUUUCAUUUCACCAUAGAGUGGAUAGUGUUUCUCUGAUUGGACAAUUGAACAUGUAUUCAAUUUGAUGAUUAUGAAUAAUGCAUAGACUGUUUUAAUAAUAUCUACAUUUCUUCUUUGAUAUUUUAUUUGAAUUUAUUUUUAUUCAGAUAUACCUGUUGAUCACUGAGUUAGGACUAGUAAUACAGAAAACAUUUAACUACAUAGCGCUUUCAUUAAGUUUUACACUGGAGUAAUUUCUCAAUUUUGCCAAGCAUAAGAGAUUAUUGUACUACUGUACAUGCUUUCAAUUAAUGUUCAUUGUAUUUUGUGCAAAUUUUGAUUAUUAGGUUUAACAGAUGUAUAUGAUAUACAUGUUUUUUAGCUUUGAAAAAAACAAAUCUAACCAAUGUGUGAAAUAUUUGCAGAUGUGCAUAUGUAGUGUGUAGUGAAAUAUUGUACAAUUGUAUGUAAAUUAGAAGUAUACUUUGUUUAAGGAUCUACUCCUUUCCUCUAAAUGGAGCUUUGAUAUUAAUAUUUAAUAUUAAGUGUAAGAUAUGUAUAGAGAGAAUGAUAUGAAAUAUUUAAAUAAGUACAGGUACAGGUAUGUCUGUAGAACUGAUUAUGUCCAGUACUUGUCUUAAAGGUAAAGACCAGUUUUGGAAA